AUGCGAGUGAUUAAUUAUGCUGAACGAAUAUUAGGUGACAAUGGCAAUGGAAUUGAUCAUCUACAUCUCGUUCAUGGUCCAUCAGAUGCUGGAAAAAGUAAAACAAUUGCUGAUAUUGUCGUAAGACUUUUGCCACAAUUAGGCAAAAGAAGAAAAAUUCUACUCUGUGCAUCAUCGAACAACGCAUGUGAUGAGUUGUCAAAACGAAUCUUGAAGGAACUUGGUUCUAACUAUGAAACAGGAAUAUUGGUUCGAGUUGGUCGUGAAGCACCUCUUGAUCAUGAUGUUUGUGAACAUUCUCUCGAAUCACUUGCUAUGCAAAAACUUGUCGAACGAAUGCAAAAUGGAGAAUUAGUAUCAUAUCAAACAGCAAAUUUUAUCAAAAACAAUAUUCUUAAUAAUGCUAAAGUUAUUGUUUCGACAUUGAACUAG